AUGGCCAAUCGCAAGGGUCUAUUGGAAAUUUGGAAUUGCUUGACAAUCCAACAAAAUAAAAAGAAAAACAUCAAAAGCGGUGUUUUUGUCAAUGAUCAUGCAAAUGCAGAACUUUCCCUGAGACCCAGUUGCGCAGGUUGCGCUGAGGUACUUUUCCUGCAAGGCUUUUUUGCAUUCAGCAAUGCACUUCGAAAGCGUGCAUGGAUUGAGUUGGAUGCUAAAUGCACACUCCACUGGUUCUGGACCCAAAACCAAGAACCCUAG